UGUGUAAGUGGGUGGGGUGGGUCUGCGUGUGCGUGUAUUGUUUGCUACUUUUCCGUGUGCUAUUAGUAUCGCCGUGUCUUGCAAGAUGUCCGAAGCGACACGUUCAACACAGCCCAGCUCCAUACCAGACUUGGUUGGGUGGCGACGUUGAUGCGGUGAGUAGGUGAUCCCAUCGCUCGAACAAUCUUUCCUGUUAUUGACCUGGUCCCGGACGCCGCUUUGAUCGAUCGGAUCUUUGCCCGUGGUCGGCGACUUGACUCAGAGCCAUCAGGAGCGUUUAUAACACUGCAGACCUGUCGGCCGAGUGGUUGUGUAGCACUGAACCCUCCUCGCUCUGACAUCCCUCGAAGCGAUUCAUGCAGUGCGAUUUGCGCGUUUGAAAAAGAUUUAGCGAGCUUUGGUCCGCGCUGCUUUUCGGCGGAUUUGUUGCAGUGUCGUGGUUGUCUGGAGUUUGUGGUUUAUUGUCGGAGGGUGCCGUUGUCGUUGGCUGCUGUUCAGCGCGAUCGAUCGGCUGAUAAGCGAGUUUUUUCGAGAGGGUGCGCAGGGUGUUAUAGUUGAUGUAUGAUAUUCGUACUCGUGGCGAAAAAUUUGCAAAACAUUAUCAAUCAUGGCGGUGGCGGAUGCUUCCCACAUGAUGAAAGCUGUGAGCUACUCCAAAUAUGGCGGCGGUGCAGACGGUUUGAAGGAUGUGGAGCUGCCGAUUCCCAGACCAAAGAGAGAGGAGCUCCUGGUGAAGGUGGAGGCUUGCAGUAUCAAUCCUAUUGACUGGAAAGUCCAGAAAGGUGCCAUGAAGCCUGUUCUGCCUUACAGAUUCCCUCAUGUACCAGGCGCAGAUAUUACGGGUGAGGUUGUGAGCGUGGGCCCUGCAGUGACAACCUUCGUACCUGGUGACAAAAUCAUCAGUUGCCUCGGCAGGGCUGGUGGAGGUUUAGCAGAAUACGCUAUAGCGCCAAUAACAACCACUAUUAAGAGACGCAAAGAUGUGUCACCAGUGCAGGGCGCAGCGAUGGGCAUCUGUGCGUUUGCUGCGCUCCAAAGCGUUCGCAACUCAGCAGGGAUUAACAUAGAAGAGAAAAACAAAAAAAGCAAGAACUUACUCAUCAGAGCUGCAGCUGGGGGAGUCGGCACACUAGCGGUGCAAUUUGCCAAGCUGGGAGGUGCCCAUGUAACCGCCACUUGCAGCCCCCACAACUUCGGGUUGUUGAAAUCUUUGGGAGCAGACGAAGUCCUGGACUUAUACAGUGCAAAGGAGGCAGCGCCGCCAAGCCCCUCUGGAAACAAAUACGACGUGGUGAUCAACUGUGGUCCACACAGGCCAUUUCCUGAUUAUAAAUCGCAGCUCGCACACAAAGGGUUUGUGAUUGAUUUAACUCCCUCCCCGACUGGAAUAGCAACAAGCGCUCUGCACGCCAUUUCUCUCUCCAAGAAGAAGUAUUUCCCUUUCGUGCAUAUCCCCAAUCAGGCUGAUAUGUACGUCAUUUUUAACCUUCUUCACCAGAAAAGAAUUAAAACUGUCAUUGAUUCAACAUAUCCUUUGGAUAAAGCGAGGGAGGCCUGGGUUAAGAGCAUGGAAGGCCACGCUGCAGGGAAGAUUGUAAUCACCAUCUCCUAAGCCUCGCGAAGUAUUCGUAUACGUCAACCGAUUUCAUACUAUUUUCGAGGCCUUUCCUUCAGUUUCUUUUCACAGCAAAAUCAAUCCACUUUUUUUCUAUCUCUAAAUGAAACCUUCGCUUGACUUUGUGGGAGCCAAGAAGGUGGAAUAGAGUCCUCCAGUGCUCCUCUUGAGAAAACCACCAUGAGUCGGAGCCGAGUGUAAAAUUUGUAUCUUUGUAAAGUUGUGAAUAGAGUGUGAAAGAUAUAAAAGACACCCGGACAAACGCUAAAACUAGAUUAUAUUAAUUGGGUGAUACGCCACAAGUGUUGGCAAGGCUAUAUCUUCUCCAAUGACUUUUUAACUAGCCCAGAGGGAGUCUUGGACGAUGAAAGUUUCAUUGAGGACUUCAAUAGAGACUCAUAUGCCGUGUGGUCUUGGUGGAGCUCAUCUGUGACUGUCACAUGAACAGAUCCAUGUAACACAAAUCCACGUUCUGAAGUGCGAUUGAUAGUAAUAAGACGGCACUUGUUGAGCA